UAGAAGGAAGUAAAGGAUAACCAUAAGAAACCGGCGCCGUUUUGAAGUGAAGUGUUUGCAAACCCCUCUUCACUCUUGUCUUCAGUCUUCACUUCGCCGCAUAGAAUCAAAAUCAAACAUGUUUCGCAUUCGCAGAAUCUUGUCUUACCGUGCACUCGCAUCCUGCACCCGCAAUGCACUUUCUUCAUCAUCGCAACCGCGUUCUCUCCCUCGUUCCAAUGCCCCAAUUCUCCCUCCUCCUUUUUUCCUAGAUGUUGGAAUUGCAGAAAACUAUGGAUCAACCUCUUUGACAAGGUUUAUGUCUUCAAAUGCAUCGUCUGAACAAGGGAAAAACACUGAAAAGACAAAAAAAGAGUUAAAAAAUGUUGAGGAUCCAUUUGAUGAUGCUCCAACAUAUAAUAUUCCCGAGAAGCCGGUAACAUUUGUGGAGGGGGCGUCCUACAGUCUGGUCAUUCUUGCAGGGCUUGGAGUUGCGGCUGCUGCUGGAUAUUCUGUGUUCAAGGAGCUUAUAUUUCAACCCAAAGAGUACAAGAUUUAUAACAAGGCUCUCAAAAGAAUUCAAGAUGAUGGUCAGGUCAGAGGGAGGAUUGGAUCCCCAAUUACAGGUUAUGGCCAGGAGAGUAGAAAUCGUGCUGCUCGUCAAAGAAUUCCCAACAGGGUUUGGACUGAUGAGGAGGGUGUGGAACAUGUCGAGGUUAAUUUCUUUAUCCGGGGCCCCCAUGGACAUGGAAAAGUAUUCGCUGAGAUGUUCAAAGGAGCUGACGGUGAGUGGAGUUACACAUACUUGAUUGUUGAGAUUAGAGCACCUUCUCCAGCACAACUAAUUCUGGAGUCAUACAUCCCUUCUUACAACCCAAACAAGUAGUCUAGAUGAGAAAGGUCCUUGAUAUUUGGUCCAUUACUGUAGUAUGCAAUUCUUAGCUUCCAGUUCCUUGUUCGACAGGAGGUGAAAGUUGAAAGGAAAAACAAUUAAAGUAAAAAAUAAUAUGGGAAUUUGAAUCUCAAUUCUCAGGUUCAGUAUUUUUUUUACUUUCAUUAAGAACCUGCAGAUGCGAGGAAAAGUUUUGGGAAGGAUCUUAGUAUGAUGACAAGAGUGAUUACUUUGUCGUCGAUACCAAGUGAAUGCCAUGUAUUCUAAUUUAUUGUUACUGCUGACAAUUUUAUAUAUCUUGGUUUGUGAAGUACAUUGAGUUUCUGGAAGGUAUGCUAAUUUGUUAGGGGUGACUGUGAGAUGUGAUUGUUGCCCAAAUGAUACUUUUUUUUAAUAAUGAAUCAUAUAAGGUUCAUGUUUAUUGUUA